AUGGACAGACACACAGGCAUAUUCCUGCUGCGCACCCUGCUGGUCAAGCUGGCCGGCUCCGUGGGCGCCGUGGCAGGUGGCCUCGCGGUCGGCAAAGAGGGGCCCUUUGUGCACGCCGGCGCCUGCAUAGGCGCGCUGCUGUCUCAGGGCGGCCCGCCCGGCAUCGCGCCGGCCUGGUUCCGCCAGUUUUGGAACGACAGGGACCGCUCUGACCUCGUGGCCUGCGGGUCGGCCGCGGGCGUGGCCGCCGCGUUCAGGUCGCCCGUGGGGGGCGUGCUGUUUGCUCUUGAGGAGACGACGACCUGGUGGCGCAACCAGCUGCUGUGGUACGCGUUCUUCACGACGGCGGUGGUCAGCGUCGCAGUCCGUGUCUUCAUGAAGACCUGCGCCGCCGACACCGCAUGCGGCUUCUUUGGCAGCGGCGGCCUGAUCGUCUACGAGAUGAACGAGGAGCGCCAGGGCUUCGAGACCCACGAGCUGCUGCCCGUCCUGCUGUUAGGCGUCAUCGGCGGCCUUGUGGGCAGCGCCUUCAACCACGCCAACCAGGCCCUGGCUGAGUGGCGUAAGGCCAACUUGUACAAGCAUGGGGCCAGGGGCAGGGUUGCGGAGGCGCUGGCCAUUGCUGUCGUCACCAGUGCAGUCGCGUUUGCGCUGCCGCUGGUGGCCCAGUGUCAGCCAUGCCCCGUGGGUGGCGCGGAGGAGUGCCCGCGGCCCGACACGAUGUCCACCGGGAAUUUUGUGCCGUUCAUGUGCGAGCAGGGCGGCCAGUACAACGACAUGGCGACCCUCUUCUUCAACACACAGGACGACGCCAUCCGCAACCUGUUCAGCAGCAAGACCAAGGCCGAGUACUCGGUCAACACGCUGGUGGUCUUCACAGCCACCUUCUUCACGCUGGCGUUGGUGACGUACGGCGUCGCCAUACCCACGGGGCUGUUCGUGCCGGGCAUCCUGCUGGGCGCGUCGUAUGGGCGGCUGGUCGGCGUCUUUGUGGCGGACAUGCACCCGAGGCAGACCAUCGACGAGGGUACGUACGCGCUGCUGGGCGCGGCGAGCUUCCUUGGCGGCAGCAUGCGGCUGACAGUGUGCACGUGCGUGAUGCUGCUGGAGCUGACCAACAACCUGUCCAUGCUGCCGCUCGUCAUGCUGGUGCUGCUAGUGGCCAAGGCGGUCGGCGACGGCACCGGCGUCAAACCCAUCUACGAGUCCCUCAUGGACUUCAAGCAGCUGCCUUACUUGGAGCCCAACUCAGACGGCCUGAUGCGCCACAUCACCGCCGCCGAGGCCUGCGGGCGCCCGGCCGUCUGCUUCCAGCGGGUCGAGCGUGUCGCGCUCGUUGUAGAGACGCUGCGCGCGACGCGCCACUCGGCGUUCCCGGUGGUGACCGGCGGGCCCGAGGGCGAGCGCGUGAUCAUGGGGAUCGUGCUGCGGCGACACCUCAUGGUGCUGCUGGCGUCGGGGCGCGCGUUCCAGCCGAGCCCCUUCGUGUCUGAGGCUGCGAGCCGCGUGGCGUUCAGCUUCACCCAGGCCGAGUUCUCGUCGCCCAUCUGCGAGCCGCCGCACCCUGUGUCUGCCCUGCGGCUGUCAGAGGAGCAGCUGUCCAUGCACAUGGACCUCGGGCCCUAUGUCAACCCCAGAUGCUGUCUCAUUCUCCGUCACCAGUGA